AUGUCUCUUCCAACUCGAUCCCUUGGCCGCAACGGUCCCCAAGUUCCCGCAGUUGGUCUUGGGCUCAUGAGUCUCGGCAGUAUCUAUGGAUCUGCCGGUUCCCUCGAAGACAAGGUAGCUUUCCUUGAACAUGCCCAUUCGAUCGGUGCGCGAUUCUGGGAUACAGCCGACCUAUACUUCGACAGUGAAGACGCAGUUGGGGAGUGGGUGAAGAAUUCAGGAAAUCGCAAUGACAUUUUCCUGGCCACCAAGUUUGCGAUCCAAUACGACGUCGCCACGGGUACCCAGACAGUCCGCUCUGACCCUGAGUAUGUCAAGGCUUCCUGUGAGAAGAGUCUGAAGAGACUCGGGGUUGAGACCAUUGACCUUUACUACUGUCAUCGGGUUGAUGGCGUGACACCUAUUGAGAAGACCAUCGAGGCUAUGAUCGAGUUGAAGAACCAAGGCAAGAUCAAGCAUCUUGGAUUAUCUGAAUGUUCAGCUGCAACUCUGCGCCGUGCCCACGCUGUCCACCCCAUUGCAGCAUACCAAGUGGAAUACAGUCCGUUCGCUUUGGACAUUGAAUCGUCGACCACCGAUAUUUUGACUACCUGCCGUGAACUUGGUAUCGCUGUCAUUGCCUACAGUCCCGUUGGCCGAGGCAUCUUGACUGGACAGAUCCAAUCGUUCUCCGAUAUUCCUGAAAAUGAUUUCCGCCGCAUCCUCCCCAAGUACGCACAGGAACACUUCCCAAAGAUCCUCGAAUUGGUUCAGGGGCUGAAAGAUGUUGCCAAUAACCACGCGAGCACUCCUGCCCAAGUUGCUAUUGCAUGGCUUCUUGCUCAGGGCUCUGACGUUAUUCCUAUUCCCGGAACAAAGUCGAUCAAGAAUCUCGAUGAGAACACCAACUCCGUCUUUCUUAAUUUGACAGAUACGGAGCUGCAAGAUAUUCGGGCGUUGAUUGCGCGGACUGAGAUAUCUGGAUCGCGGUAUCCUGCUAUGAUGAUGGACAGCGUGCUGGGUGAUACUCCGCCACUCUAG